AUGUCUCGGGGAAGAAACACCACGGUGGUUACCGAGUUCAUCCUCUUGGGAUUCUCAGACCAUCCAGAGCUCAAGACUUUCCUUUUUGUGUUGUUCUUAGCCAUCUACCUUGUAACUCUCACCUGGAACCUGGGUCUCAACAGCCUAAUCAAGGUCUCCCCACAUCUCCAUAUCCCAAUGUAUUUCUUCCUCCGUCAUUUGUCCUUCAUAGACAUGGGCUUCUCUUCUUCUGUCAUCCCCAAGAUGCUCUCAGACUUCUACAAGGAGCAGAGGACCAUUUCGUUCCUGGGCUGUGUCACUCAGUAUUUUGUGUUCACUGUGUUGGGGCUGACUGAAUGUUGUCUCCUGGCUGCCAUGGCUUAUGAUCGUUAUGCGGCCAUCUGUACUCCACUGCUGUACACGACCAUCAUGUCUCCCUCCCUCUGUAGGAAAAUGGUGGUUGCAGCCUAUACAGGGGGAUUCCUUAGCGCCCUGACUCCAAUGGGCUUAUUGUAUCGGCAAGACUUCUGCGGGCCAAAUGUUAUCCAUCACUUCUUCUGUGACCUCCGUCCUCUGCUGUCUCUGUCCUGCUCUGACACUUCUGCUAUCCAAGUGGUGGUCUUCAUUGUGGGCGUGGUCAUCGGAAUGAUGUCGGUGCUUGUGGUCCUCCUGUCCUAUGGCUAUAUCACUGUGGCUGUCCUGCUGAUCCGCUCAGCGAGAGGCAGGUACAAGACCUUUGCCACCUGUGCCUCUCACCUGACCACAGUGAUCCUCUACUAUGGCUCUGGGUUCUUCGUGUACAUGCGUCUAAACUCCAGCUACUCUGAGAGCCGGGACAAGGUGGUGUCGCUAUUCUACUCACUGUUGAUCCCCAUGCUGAACCCACUUAUCUACAGUCUGAGGAACAGAGAGAUUCGGGAUACCUUGAAGAGACUGAAGGAAAAAAAGGUAGAUAAUCUUUUCCAGAAAAUGGCAGUAAUACACUAUGCUCGCCUGCUUUGUCAGUGGAUUACAGAUGCCCGGCUUCCAGAUCCACUCUCCCCGACAAUUCAAUCCAUGGGAAAGCUGCUGACCCUUGCAACCCAGAGGGGAGAGGGAUGUAAUAACUUUUGCUCAGGGUAUGUGAAUGUUUCAUGCAUUGGAGCCAUAGCGGUCAUAAAUUUAUGCAUUAAAGCCAUAGCUUUCAUAGCAAGACUUGCCUUUAUGGCCACUUUGACAACCAAGGAGAAGAACUCUUUUGAGGACUCAAUCUCCUCAUUUAACAUCGGUUUCCCAAAGCAAGAAUGA